AUGACAAUCAAAGGGAGCACAAAACCCUCUCUUCUCUCUCUCUGUCUUAAUGUAAGUGUAAAGAAUGCAACUGAAGAGCAUUUGGCUCUUGCUGCCUUAAACCAUUGGGAAGAGAUCCCGAAAGUUGGGUGUAAAUUGGUACCUGAACAUGUUGAAACUCGACCUCUUUACAACCCUGAAAGACCAGGUAUCGAACAGGGGAAGUUGGAGAUGUGGGUUGACAUGUUCCCAAUGGACAUGCCCCCACCAGGCCCACCAGUGGAUAUAUCUCCUCGAAAGCCAAAGAGCUAUGAAUUACGGUGCGUAAUCUGGAAUACGGAUGAUGUUGUAUUGGAAGAUGAUGCAUUUUUCACUGGAGAGAAAAUGAGUGACAUUUAUGUAAAAGGAUGGAUAAAAGGCCAGGAAGAUCUUCAGUGUACAGAUAUACAUUACAGAUCAUUGACGGGAGAGGGAAACUUUAACUGGCGGUUCAUUUUCCCCUUUGAUUAUCUCCUCGCUGAAGAAAAAAUUGUCAUUUCACGGAAAGAGACAUUAUUUUCAUGGGAUGAGACUGAAACCAAAAUCCCAGCACGCCUCAACCUGCAAGUUUGGGAUGCCGACCAUUUCUCAGCAGAUGAUUUCCUUGGUGAGUAUCCUUAA